CAUUCCAUCUGCUUCAGGAACAUGAGCCGGCUGCUUUCUCUGCCUCUCUGAGCGUCUUUGAGCUGUUUUGACAUAUGCGCUCCCUCUCUGCUUCUCUUUUUUUCCUCUUCUGUCUCUCUCUCCACCAAACCCCACCACACCUCUCCAUACCUCGCUCUGUCUCUCUCUCUCUCUCCUGUGUUUUACCCGGCUGGGCAGGAAAAGGAGCGGUAGCGGAGAGCAAAGAAGGCUGAUCUCGAUAACAGGAAGAGGAAGUGGGCAGUGACCUGUGUGAGAGGUCUGUGGUCAGGCAGCUGCAGUUCAACACUUUUUGGCCACUGGAUGAGAAAAUCACAUCGGAGGUGAGAGGAAGAAAAAAUAAAAAGAAGAAGAGAGACGUGGGAAAAACCUGUUGGACUCUCACCUGAGGAAAAAAUCUCGACAUCUCGAGGAGGGAUCAAGACAUUUGUGGGUCUUUCUCAAGAGUUGGAUUAGAGUUUAUGCCUCUUUGACGAAGACACUAUUCAAAGGAUUAGAGCACUGCCUGCUUCUAUUCCCACAUUUGCUCGACUCUCCAGGAGUCUGUCAUUCUAGGAUAUUCGAAAGGCAACACAUCCUCAUCACCGACUUUAUCACCCGGUCCAGCUUCUGAAGGAUUUUCUCCAGAAACCCAAGUGGAAAGAGAAAUCCCCACUCGUACAUCUGACGAAAAGAAGAGGAAGAACGAGCGUCAGUCGGUGGUUUGACCCUCUGUUGGGGUUAAAACCACCAGCCUCUAAUUUGCACCCCGGCCUGCCGAGUACAGUUUGACUGAGCGAGAGAACACCUGCAGAGAUUUGGACUUCGUACCAAAGCAAAGGUCCGAUCGUCGGUUGGGUUUGGACUCUUCUCUGUGAUGAUGGCUUGGCUCCAGCUGUGUACCAUGGGGCUCAUGGCCACGAUGGCCUUAUCCGUCUCUCUCACCAUUGCUGAAGACUCUGACCUUCCCAUGGCGGAAACAGAGAAACGAGGCCCUGUCGAAAUCGUGAAGAAAGAGUCGCAUCCCGUCCUGUUCAGACAGAAGAGAGAGUGGAUCUGGAACUCUCUCUACGUGGAAGAGGAAAAACCUGCACCCAGUCCCUACAAGAUAGGAAAACUGAAGUCCAGCCAGAGAGUGGAGGUGAAGAGAUUUAAAAUAAAUGGUGAAGGAGCGAACACCAUCUUCACCGUGGAUCACAAAGGAGACCUGUUCGUCACCAGAUCUCUGGACCGAGAGGAGAAGAAUUCGUACCAUCUGAUCGCCCAGAUGUUUGACGGGAACAACAAGCUCAUAGAGGAUUCUGGGGAGUUUGUUGUCCAGGUUACAGACAUCAACGACAACACCCCUGUGUUCCCCAGAACAUACAAUGGGUCCAUUAUGGAGAGGUCCACCAUAGGAACGAAAGUAGUUGAGGUGAGGGCAACUGAUGCUGACGACCCAACCACUGCCAACGGAGAGCUCAGGUAUUCUCUGACCCGAGAUGGAGACAUUUCUGCUUUCCAAAUUGACAGCGUCACAGGUGUGAUCAGCUGUAACGUAAACACACUGGAUCGGGAAACUAAGAGUCAGUAUGUGGUGGUGGUUAAAGCUCAGGACAUGAGAGGAAUGCCCUCUGGCAGCACGGCCACCACCUCCGUCACCAUCACCAUCACAGACACCAACGACAACAUCGCGUCUUUCACCCGAAGGGUCUAUGAACUGCAGGUUCCAGAGGACCAGAAGCUGAAUGAAAAGAUCGGGACUCUGGAGUUGGAGGACAGAGAUCAGAUCCAGAACAAAGAACCCAUCUUUACCAUGCCGAGUGACUACAACAAGAUGUUUAACAUUGAACUGAGCGCCAGCAAGGACGGAAACCUCAUGCUCAAACAGGCUCUGGACUACGAGACGAUGAACAGCUACACCUUCUCCGUCCAAGUGCGAGAAAACCUGAAAAACCUGCGAUUUCCUGCCGACAACGUGAACAGCGCCGUCACCACAGCUCAGGUAACCAUCAAGGUUGUGGACGUAGAUGAGCCUCCAGUCUUCUCCCUGCCCAUCUACACCUUCACUGUGGUGGAAGAGCGGAUGGUGAACAACAUCGGAGUAAUCAAAGCCACGGAUCCUGACAGAGCCAAGAUGUCCAUACGGUACUCCAUCUUAGACAAAGACUGUCCUGUCAGUAUCAACCCGUUAACAGGUCAGCUGUCCACCCUGAGGACGUUGGACAGGGAGCUGGAGGCCACACACAUGUUUCAAGUCAAGGCGCAGGAGGAGCCGAAUGGUUUGGAGUCAUUUGUAAAAGUCAACAUCAUAGUUCAGGACAUUAACGACAACAAGCCCGAACUGGCAGUGGAGGACAUCUUUGUGUGUGAGAACGACGUCACUAAUACAGUGGUAGGAACUUUGAGAGCCACAGAUAAAGAUGACCAGCCGGCUUCUUUCAGUUUCAGUCUCAACAGUGAGAGCUCCAACUUCUCCAUCAGAGACUACGGCAAUAACACAGCAGACAUCUUGGUGAAACAAGGCCCGUUCAGCCUGGAUGACCCCAAAGAUUACAACGUGGUCGUACGCGUCAGUGACGGAGGACGACCCGUCCUGACCAGCAUCACCACAGUGGCAAUCAAGUCGUGUCGCUGUGGCGCCAGGAGGAAUCCCGAGCACUGCAAAGCCAGCGCUCGGAGGAUGUCAGUGAGUGUCCAAGCCCUCAUCGCCAUCCUGCUCUGCAUACUCACCAUACUGGUCAUCGUGAUCCUGUUUGUGAUGAGGAAACGCUACCAGAAGGAAUCUCUGGCCAGUAUGAAGAACAGCGGCGAGAUCCACGAGCAGCUGGUCACGUAUGACGAGGAGGGAGGAGGCGAGAUGGACACCAACGGCUACGACGUCUCAAUCCUCAGCUCCGCUUGCCACGACGGCUCCCUGCUUCGCCACGCCGACCGCCACCCCCACCCCUCCCUCUACGCCAUGGUGCAGAAGCCCCCCCACCCCACCGCGUGCAAGGGCGACAUGGCGGCGAUGAUCGAGGUGAAGAAAGACGAGGCGGACCACGACAGAGACGGCUUCCCGUACGACACCCUGCACAUCUACGGCUACGAGGGACCCGAGUCUUUGGCCGGCAGCCUCAGCUCCUUGCAAAGUUCCUCCACCGGCUCGAACUUGGAUUACGACUUCCUGAACGACUGGGGGCCGAGGUUCAGGACCCUGGCGGAGCUGUACGGAGUGGACGAAUCCGACUAUUACCAUCAAUACUGAUGGACGAUGUCGAGCGUAGAUGAUGCCAAAACACACACAUGUACAAUAUGGCCAUAAAAAUACACACACGAUAACAAUUAGUCACACACACACACACACACACACACACACACAUAUAGAACCACGCUUUCAUGCUGUCCACUUUGUUUCUGGGCGAGGAGCUUCCGAUUGCAGACGUCUGUGUUCCCCAAAGACGCCUCUGGAUUCUAGAAUCAGGGCGCUCUCGUUUCCAGAGUAACUUCAACUAACUUUUGUUGUCGAGUGUAAUUCACUAGUUUGUUGACCCCCCCCCACCCCCCAAAAAAAGAAAGCUGAAUCAAGGUUUUGCGAAAUGACUCAUUUCUCUCUUUUUUGUGAAAAGAUGUUGGAAGGAGUCGACGGAAAGAUUUUUAAAUUUGCACCCAGACAAGCAGCUGUCGGACAGAGUCCUCCACAGAUUUUCGAAGAGCAUCUGUUGUUGACGACAGCGUGAGGUCGUCAUGAAGAUGUGUUUUAUUCCAUCACCGCCAUCAAAGCUGAUCCUGGGUAAUUGAUGAUCUCAUCAGGUUACCGCGAACCAGCAAUGUUUUUCAGAUUCUUAAUGCUCUCACUGAUGUCUCAUAUUCACAGCACCAUUUUGCAUCCCAUUUCCUCACCCAUACAUGCAUGAAUUACUACGUGUAAAAGUCUCUUUUAGGCCUUUUCUACUCUGUUGCGGAUAUUUUUUGAACAGAUAUUUUUUAAAUCAUAAAAAUGUAAAUGAAAAAAAGACAAAUGCUUAAAACAACUGGAAAAAAUGACUCAGUUUUAGUUACUCGCUGUUUCCGUGUGGACAGAGAGAACUCCUUUCUAUGCACUUAUAUUCAUCUACAUACACACCCACCAAUAUCUCUUAGUGUGGGUAUAUACAACAUCUCUAAACAAAAGCAGCCAACUAUGGAAUCACCCUCUAGCUGCUGGACUUGACAUAUGAGCACGUCUUGGGGUUUUAUAUCUGAAUUCAACACAGAUGACAGUUUUCAGUUUAUUUACGUCUUACCGGAGAUGCAAAAUGGUGCAUUGUUGAUUUUAAAUUCUCCUUAUUUCUUUUUGUCUGUGUUCUCCUUAAACAUUGUAGUUUCUUUAUAUUUGAAAAAUGAUUUUAGUUUUGAUCUGAGCUGGACCAUCUGAUUUGUAAAUAUCGUCCGUUCUUGUUGCUGAGGUGAUUGUUUGAUCACAGCGAGAUGCCAGCUGUGUUUUGUUCGUACUAAAAUCUGCACGGGAGGUUUAACUGUGAAAAGCUCCCACUGUUCAUAAGCCUAUGAUGUGCUGAGGUUGUUUUUUUUUUUUUUUACAGUUUAAUCGCUAAUCAACAUUUUCUUAGAUUCAUCUGUAAGGAGACGUAUGAUACUUUUCAGUUUUUAAAGUCUGAUACAAGAGUCGUCAUUUUCUUCUGCGAGAGGAGAACAAUGGACAGACAGACAGAGGAAAUGGCAGUAUCGCUGCUCAGACAGAAUUACAGCGAGUUCCCAGGUUUUAUUUGACAGAACAUAUCAUCACAGUUAUUGUUGAGAUGAAAGCCCCAAAUCUCUGAGGCCCUUAAGAACAAAAGUCAUUCAGACAACUCAGGAAACUCUGAGUGGCAAAAGUAGCUAGUUGGGAAGCUGUGAUGGCUCGAAUAACUUUAACCUCUCAUCCUUUUUGGCUACUGACUGGUCUGAGAUCAGAAAUUACCAUUUUUAAUCCGAUUCUGGAACAAAAACCAGUGGACUGGUCCUUUAUACACCAGGCUUGGAUCCUUUCACCUGCACAGAUCGAUGUAUUGUCUGUAUUCUCACAAUACGACAAACAAACAGAUGAAUGGUUUAUCAUAUUGGGCUGAGUUGUUGUUGUUAAAGAGUUUCUGAAUUCACGCAGGAAGGCGACAGCUUGUUAGAGUGGGAUUUCUUUUUCAUAUGGAAGAAUGAUAACUCUCCUUAAGGCUAUUCUGACAUCCCCAUUGUGAAUUAUUACAAUUUAUAUUGAUGUAGAAACUCAAAUUUAAGAAGGAGAGUGUUUGUCACUUUUUUCUUGACCAGUGAUUCAACGAUGAUCAAAUUAACAAAAUAGCUUUUGUUGAUUGACAAAUAUUGUUCCAGCCUUAUUAUGAGAUAAUCCUGACAAUGACAAUCAUUGUGGCCGCCUGCUCGUUAGAAACCUGUGGUCGUGUCCUCUGAUGUCCUCUGAUGAAAUUAAAGACAUGCUGUGUAUUCCCUGUUUAGAAAUAAGGAACAGGGACGCUGCAACAGGGCAAUUGCCUGGGGCCCCGAGCUGAGAG